GGGUGGGCGGUUCUGGGGACACCCUGCUCCGGGCCCCAAAGCCGUCCCCCGCCGCCGCACCCCGAAGAAAGGUGCCCGCCACCUCCCGAUCGUCCCCGCGGUAGGGUCCAGACCUCAGCUCCCGCUCCUGCGCCGCAGCGCGCACGGCACUUUGCCCGGGAGUACUCCGGCCUCUGUCCUCCAGGCCCAGGCUCCACCCCCCGGGCCAGCCCAAAGUGCGCGCCUCGGGGAGCCCCGGCCCUCACCCGGGCUCUUUGACCGGUCUGUGCCCGCCAGUCGGUGCAGUUAGACGUCCGUCUUACACCCCAGAAGGCCGCGCCCACCCGGGCCGGAGUUAGGUUCCGUCUGGCACAGCGGUUCUCGCCCUCCUGGCAGGCGCCGGGCGGGGAACCUCGACCUGUGUAGCCUCUCACCCCACUCCGCAGGGCAGCACUUGGGCCAGGAGUUAAGAGGGUAGAAUAUGGUACCGUUCUUUUCUGUCAUGAGCUGAUUUUUUUUUUUCAAGCCAAGGUGUUAGACUAGAUUCUCGUCGAAAGAGUUAUUGUGAACAUUAUCCCUAUUAGCCCAACUACCUGCUUUCUCCACAUGGCCCCAGUAAAUCCCAACAGAUCCCAGGCUGUCAAAUAGAAAUUUGGGAACUUUCUUAAGUCUCUUGGGUUUUGAUCCAAAAAACUACUUCUCAUAUUUGCGCAUCUUUUUUUCUUUACUGUAGCAAAGCAUAGGCAAGUAUAGGCAUCAUGGAAUUUGUAUGAUCUAGUAACAGCUGGAAUCUUACGUAAACUGACAGUUUGGCUGUCUAACAAUACUGAUUUGGUUGCUAGGAUUUGAAUGCAUCUGAUUUUUAAAACUGAAAUUGCAUGAGAGGGCACCCAAAGAGUAUGUCAUGAAAACUAGAGGAGAGUCUCAAGAGGACAUCUUUGCAACCUUCUGUCAUAAAAGAAGUUGAAGGCAUUGGUACCCAACAGUGUCACAUGCUUCUGAAAGAUUCAAAAGAUCUGGGCCUGAGACCACUAUCAACAGAAACAUUUAAAAAAGAAGAUGAUCUUGACAGUCUUAUUAAUGAAAUAUUUGAAGAGUCCAAUAUUGACAAAAAACACUUUAAAUUAAAAUCUAAAUCUUCAGGUAACACAUCUGUCAGUGCUUCCAUUCAAGGCUUUGGUAAAAGUUGCAGUCCUGUAUUCCUUGGUGGAAGCACCAUACCAUGUGGGAUUGGCACAAACACUUCACAGAGAGCCUGUGACCAUCUGCGUUGUAUAGCCUGCGAUUUCUGGGUGGUAAGCUAUGACGACUUUAUGUGGGACCCAUCAUGUGAUUAUCUGUUUUUCAGGAACAUUGUCCAUGCAAUUAGAAGGGAGGCAGCCGGAUUUGACACACGGAAAGCGAGGAGGCAGAGAUUGUGGCUGCAGCCAAGGAAUGCCACCACCACCAGAGGCUGGGAAAACCAGAUCCCCCACUGGAGCCUCCAGAAGGAAUGUAACCUGCCAACACUUUGACUUUGGCUAAGCAAUACUGAUUUCAGACUUCUGACCUCUGAAAACUGUGUGAGAAUAAAUGUCUAGUGUUUUAAGCCACCUGGAUUUUGGCACACCACAGGAAACUAAUUCAGUGAACGACCUCGUAGGAUGAAUUUCUAUUUAUUCACUCGACAAGCACUUACCAAGUGGCUCCUAUAUGCCAUGCCAGGCACUGUAGUAGGUACUGAGAUGCAGGACAGGACAGGCCCUGCCCUACACAGCUGCAGUCCAGCUGGGUGUUGAGGCCCUAAAGGUUUGUAAGUUACCCCCUUCCAGAGUCAUGCUCCAAGGAAUUGCACUGCAGGAAGAGGAGAGAAUGGUCACUGUAAGUUACCCCCUUCAGGGCCAGAUGGUGGCACAGGAGCAACUAG